CAGCUACAUAAUAUAUUUCCUGUUUCUCAUUUUCGUUCAGGCCGCGUGUUAGGAACGACGAGUUCUUUAGACGCUUUAGAUCAAACGCACGCCUUCUCAUUCAGUCAGAAUUCUGCCAACAAUCAGUAGCAGCGGUUACUGUUGUUGUUGUUUACUUCUAAUAAUACGUAUAAAUCAUAGAUUGUAUAAACUAUAAAAAAUUGUAACGGGCUCCUAAUCACUGAACACCUGUGUGUGUUUGCGUAGUUUCCUCAUAAUAUCGUUGGUGUCCUGUAGUUACAGCGUUGCUCGUUGCAGGUUAUUAGAGUUAGAUAUUUUGAGUGUUGUGUGUUGUGAGCUCACCUUUUACUAAUCACAAAGGUGUGGUUUUUAAACUAACAUGGCGGCUAAUACUGUGAUAUCGUUUGUGUUUGGCGCUUUUAUAGGGGUUAUAUUUUACUCUACAGUCGAUGCACAGAGAUCUCCGACAAUAUCUUACAUAUCUCAGGAACAAAUAAAGGACAUUGGGAGUACAGUAGAAUUGCACUGUUCUGUUCAAUAUGCCCAAGAUUACCCAGUUUUGUGGGUCAAAGUUGAUUCACAGGGUUCUUAUGUGCCCAUUUCAACUGGUAGUUCCUUGAUAAUAUAUGAUUCUCGAUUUGCAUUACGUUAUGAUCAGGCUAGUUCAACAUACACCUUACAAAUAAAAGAUAUUCAAGAAACUGAUGCUGGAACAUAUCAGUGUCAAAUUAUUUUAACGAUUUCAAAUAAAAUAACUGCCGGAGUCGAAUUACAAGUACGAAGACCUCCUUUUAUAUCUGACAAUUCAACCAGGUCCAUUGUUGUUUCUGAAAAUGAAGCUGUUGAACUGGAAUGCUAUGCUGGGGGUUACCCACCACCACGCAUAUCCUGGAGAAGGGAAAACAACGCAAUUUUGCCAACUGGUGGUUCCAUAUACAGGGGAAACAAAUUGAAAAUUAAACAAAUUCACAAAGAAGACAGGGGCACAUAUUAUUGCGUUGCAGAGAAUGGUGUCGGAAGGGGGGCUAGAAGAAAUAUUGCCGUGGAGGUUGAAUUCAAACCAGUGGUCACUGCACCUAGGCCGAGGUUGGGUCAAGCUCUGCAGUACGACAUGGAUCUUGAAUGUCACGUAGAAGCCUACCCUCCACCUGCCAUCACCUGGCACAAAGAUGGUAUUCAAUUGUCAAACAAUCAGCACUACAGUAUAUCGCAUUUCGCAACGGCUGAUGAGUUCACCGACACCACAAUUCGCGUCAUCACAAUCGAAAAACGUCAGUAUGGACAAUACAUGUGUAAAGCAGCCAAUAAACUGGGCUCUGACGAAGCCUACGUUAAUUUAUUUGAAACUGUCAUUCCUGUAUGCCCUCCUGCCUGUGGCCAAGCACGAUAUUAUAGCGGUGUUGCAGCUGUAACGGCCAGCGAAUUCAUUAUUUUGUCUGCUCUCCUGGUUCUUUUCUUCAGAAAUUUCAACCCCCAACAUUAACUACCCCGGCCUAAGAUGGGUUAAUGCCGCUUCAACAACGAACAAAUUGUCAUUCAUGGUCUGCUUUAUUUUAGUGGUAAUGUUUGUGAUGAUUUAAUAACUGUAACGUCCAUUUUUUUACGAAUAUUUUUUAGAAAUUUUAAUAAGGGUUAUAUUUAACCAGUAACAAUACAAUACUCGCUAAGACUGAAAUGUCUAUAAGCAUCUGCAGUUUUAAUUAAUUUUAACUUAUAUAUCUAUGUUUACAUAGGCAGCAGAAUUCUUAUCUAAAAUUUUUAAAUGGUCCAAAUGUUAGUCUUAACAUAUCACGGUAUGCAUUUACAAAAUUGCUAGUGAUAGGAUAAAUUAAUCAAUUGACCAAACAUUUUGCUGUUAAAUAAUUGAGAGUAAAUUAUACUUAAUACAGAACCAAAUUGUUGAAUAUUAAAAUUUUAAACGAUCUUUUGAAAGUACAUUCCUCAGCCAGCUCAUUUUUUAUAUAUUGCGCGAGUAGGCGAGUUCGGCCGAUUCUAGCACAAGUCAAAACGUGAAAUUUUGACUUCAAAUCGAAGUCAGAUGUUUCUUGCUCGCGUAUUUUAGAAAUACGAUUAGGUAAAUUUGAAUCUCUAGAACUGAAAUGUACAAAAAUAUUGCAUUUAUACUUAUAAAUAGAUAUGUACCUACUGUUAAAUUUUUUUUAACUUUUAUUAGAAUAGUACGCAACGUGUAUUCAGUUUAUUUAUUUUAUCGAUUAAAUACUUUUCGUUAUAAAUCAUUAUAAAAUGAUUAAAAUGGCAGCGGAUUUAGUUUUUAUGUGGAUUAAAAAAAUGGGAUAGCAUUUUUCAUAACAAAACACUGUAUAUACUAAUUAGUGUACCUCUAAAAUGAAGAAAAUUAAAAAUAUAGUUAUUAAAAUUUGCAGAGAUUUGUAUGCGAAUGGCUAAAGAGUACUUUCCGAGUAAAAUAAAAUUGUCAAUACUAGUAAUUUACAAUACAUAUACCGAUUUUUGUUGCUCAGAAAAAUUUCAAUUAAAUAUCUUUUUGAGAGGAAACUUGCAAAAAAGCGGUUUAGCUUUAUAUUUGCGUACGUAUUCGGUUUAAGUUUCGUUUACUUACAGGCAAAUGCUAUUUAUAAUUAGGUGUAAGUUGUAAUUUAAGUAUAUGUUGUAAAUAGAAACUUAAAUUUUCAGGUGUCAAUUCCUGUACAAUAUUACAAAACACCAAAUUCAAUGCAUAUUCUAUGUUUUACAGAACGUCUUAAAUAAUAAGUAGUCUAGUGCUUUAAAUAUCAUUUAUGUUGUUGUUUUAUAUAGGCAUAAACAACAAAUGUAUGUAAAGAAAGCAUUGAUCGUGAGUGUAACUAUUUGUAUUUUUUUGCAACUUUUGUACCAUUUGUAAAUCGAAAAUAAAUCAUUACCUUAAGUGAUA